UGCGCCCGCUGCUUCACUCCAGCCGCCGCCGCCCCGCGUCCGGUUCUCCCCCCUUCUCCCUCUUUGCCGCGGCCGCUGCUCGCCUCGUCCCCCUCGCGCCUCCACCCCCUAGCCUCGCCUUCUCCUCCUCCCGUCCUCUCCUCCGCCGCUCGGUCGCUGUGCCCGUGCUGCUCAACCCCCGCCGCCCCAUCGGCUGCUCCGUCGCCGUUCAUGGCAUCCGGGAGGCACGCGGGCACGCCCCCUCCCGUCAUGCCAUCAAGGGUAGGAGCCAGGCGGAGCGCGCCCCCCUUUCUCUUCCUCCUGUCGCUCGCGCCGCCACCCCUGCCUCCUCCUCUCCCGUCGACCACCUUCCCCGCCCCGCAUAUUCUCCUCUCCGUCGCCGGCUCGCUUCAGCCUCCCCCUCCUCCUCCUCCUCUUGUCCCGCACACAUGUCCCGCACGAGUCGAGGAGGCGAGAUCCAGCCGUGGCGGCCGGGAUCCAGCUCGCUGACGCGAUCCACUGCCGUUCCCGAGCCCGACAACGAAGGAGGUGGGCGGCCAUCCAUCCCCACAUAGUGGUGGACGAAGGAGGUGCACGUACACGGCGAGGUCGACGUGCCUCCCCCCGGAUCCGUGCUGGCCGACGGCGACGGCCGUGCAGCGAGGGAGCCCUUGAUCUCUCCUCAUCAACAGCCUGGAUGUGAUGGCCAUUGCCAGGUUUGAAGGUGGCCGAGGUUGUUGUCAGCGAUUGGUUCCAUGGAUCCAUCUUAUGUGUGGCUCUGUGCAGCCUGCAGGCACCGGGAGGCAUCACAGUCUGUAAGGCAAGCAUCAUGCAAAACGCCUGUACCCGUUCGGCCCGCAGCAAGACUUGGCAUCAUCGUUCUUCUCCAAAGAUUUCGUCCUUACAGAGGCACCAUAUUACUACAUCAUACAAAAACUGACCAACAGUUUUCAUUGUACCAUACAGCUACUUUCUCCCAGUUUGAUCUAACGGAGCAUCUUUGCAGAAAUGCAUCGAGAAUCAAAGUUCAUUGUUUUUUGACCAAUACCUGGCUGAGCGCUCGCCGAGAACUAGAAGUAUGGAAGAGCUUGCUGGCCGGCUACGUGGCGCUCCCGUGCCGUAUUGCCGGAAGAGCUCUAUCUGGAGGAGUACGAGGAGGAGCGGGAUCUGCCGGUGCCGGCCAGGUUCCCGACCAACGGACUCGCCUGGUCGCCGCCCCUCACGCCACACCAGCUACGGGACCCCUUGGGGAUGCGGCCCGUGCGGCGGGGACGUCUGCGGCGGCGCGGGCUGGGGACAAUUACUCUAUAAUACAAUGCUCUUACUGCAAAAGAAAUACCCGUCUUAUUUUUACAUUUCUUGUUUUUAUUCAUGUGCAUCAAUCUUCUCUUUUAUCCGCAUCAGGUUGCUAACAGAGUUAAGCAUAUGAGAUAUCCAGCAGAAAAGACAACUAAAGGGUGGAUUUAUUUAAUUUGUUUUGUAUACACAAAGGUGAGUACAAAUGUUGUUGCUACUAUACCCUUUCCCACUAUUAUAUCCAUUUUUCAACGCUCAAGUAUGUGUAUAUGCUUGGUUUGUAAAACUUUUUGCGAUAAAGCAUGUUUAUUUGUAUGGCUUGCGAUGCUUUGUUAGAAAGAAGAUCAGACAUGUGCUGGCCAUCAACAUGUUUUAGCGUUUUAGGUAUAUUAUAUGAGUAUCUACAAAAUGUUUGAUGUUUUAUGAGGAUCCAGAAAAGUAAUGUGGUCUAUGUUACGGACCUACUACUGUGAAUGAUCAUACGGAUUAUGUUGGUUUUGGUUCCUAUGUGCAUAUGUUUUUCUAUCUGUCUUUGGUCAGUUGGUUUUUAUCCAUUGUAUGAAUAUUUUGUGUCUUUAUGGUGAAAAAGCCUAACAGCAACUUUUAGACUUAUGCUUAUAUUCAAUAGCUUAUCAAUUUCUUCUGAUCUGAAUACUCACCAGACUU